CCCUGCUUUCCAACUUUACCCAAAGUCGUCAGACUCUCUCAGAUUGUGGAGGAGUGACUGCUGGACAGACCCUGGGACAGACUGAGGACCUGGAGGGAAAGCAGCCCAGUGCCUACGAGGAUGGAGUGGGCCUCAGGAGAGCCAGGGAGGGGCCAGCAGGGACAGCCUCUGCCUUGGGAACUUCGCUUGGGCCUACUUCUAAGUGUGCUGGCUGCCACACUGGCCCAGUCCCCUUCCUUGGAUGUACUUGGCUGUUCUCGAGGAAGCUGCUACCCAGCCACUGGUGACCUGUUGGUGGGCCGUGCGGACAGACUGACUGCCUCGUCCACCUGCGGCUUGCACAGCCCCCAGCCCUACUGUAUCGUCAGUCACCUGCAGGAUGAGAAGAAGUGUUUCCUGUGUGACUCCCGGCAGCCCUUCUCUGCCCGAGACAACCCCAACAGCCACCGCAUCCAGAAUGUAGUCACCAGCUUCGCACCACAACGCCGGGCAGCUUGGUGGCAAUCGGAGAAUGGUAUCCCAAGGGUCACCAUCCAACUGGACCUGGAAGCUGAAUUCCAUUUCACCCAUCUCAUUAUGACUUUCAAGACCUUUCGUCCUGCUGCCAUGCUGGUGGAGCGCUCUGCAGACUUUGGCCGCACCUGGCACGUGUACCGAUAUUUUUCCUAUGACUGCGGGGCUGACUUCCCAGGAGUCCCACUGGCCCCACCACGGCACUGGGACGAUGUGGUUUGCGAGUCUCGCUACUCAGAAAUUGAACCAUCCACUGAAGGCGAGGUCAUCUACCGUGUGCUGGAUCCUGCCAUCCCUAUCCCAGACCCCUACAGCUCACGGAUUCAGAACCUGUUGAAGAUCACCAACUUACGAGUGAACUUGACUCGGCUUCACACACUGGGGGACAACUUGCUGGACCCUCGGCGGGAGAUCCGGGAAAAAUACUAUUAUGCCCUCUAUGAGCUUGUUGUCCGUGGCAACUGCUUCUGCUAUGGACAUGCCUCACAGUGCGCCCCUGCACCGGGGGCACCAGCCCAUGCUGAGGGCAUGGUACAUGGGGCCUGUGUCUGCAAACACAAUACUCGUGGUCUCAACUGUGAGCAGUGUCAGGAUUUCUAUCAUGACCUGCCCUGGCAUCCUGCUGAGGACGGCCAUACUCAUGCCUGUCGGAAGUGUGAGUGCAACGGGCAUACCCGUAGCUGCCACUUUGACAUGGCUGUGUACCUGGCGUCUGGGAAUGUGAGUGGAGGUGUGUGCGACGGUUGUCAGCACAACACAGCUGGGCGCCACUGUGAGCUCUGCCGCCCCUUCUUCUACCGAGACCCAACCAAGGACCUGCGGGACCCAGCCGUGUGCCGUCCCUGUGACUGUGACCCUAUGGGCUCUCAAGAUGGUGGUCGCUGUGAUUCCCAUGAUGACCCUGUGCUAGGGCUAGUCUCGGGCCAGUGUCGCUGCAAAGAACAUGUGGUUGGUGCUCGAUGCCAGCAAUGCCGCGAUGGCUUCUUUGGACUUAGUGCCAGCAACCCUCUGGGAUGCCAGCGUUGUCAGUGUAAUUCACGGGGCACAGUGCCUGGGGGCACCCCUUGUGACUCCAACAGUGGAGCCUGUUUCUGCAAGCGGCUGGUGACCGGACACGGCUGUGACCGCUGCCUGCCUGGCCACUGGGGCCUGAGCCAUGACCUGCUUGGUUGCCGUCCCUGUGACUGCGACGUGGGUGGUGCCUUGGAUCCUCAGUGUGAUGAGGCCACAGGCCAGUGCCGCUGCCGCCAGCACAUGAUUGGACGGCGCUGUGAACAAGUACAGCCUGGCUACUUCCGGCCUUUUCUAGACCAUUUAACUUGGGAGGCUGAGGAUGCCCGAGGGCAGGCCCUUGAGGUGGUAGAGCGUCUGGCUACCAACAGAGAGACUCCAUCCUGGACUGGCGCGGGCUUUGUACGGCUUCGGGAAGGUCAGGAAGUGGAGUUCCUGGUGACCUCUUUGCCAAGGGCCAUGGACUAUGACCUGCUACUGCGCUUGGAGCCUCAGGUUCCUGAGCAAUGGGCAGAGCUGGAACUGACUGUGCAUCGCCCAGGGCCCGUGUCUGCCCACAGCCCCUGUGGGCAUGUGCUGCCUAAGGAUGACCGAACUCACGGCAUGCUCCAGCCAAACACCCGGUCUUUGGUGUUUCCCAGACCCAUCUGCCUUGAGCCUGGCAUCUCCUACAAACUGAAUCUGAAACUGACGCGAGUGGGGGGACGUGUCUAUCCCGAAACCUACUCUGGGUCUGGGCUACUCAUUGACUCGCUGGUACUGCAGCCCCAUGUCUUGGUGCUAGAGAUGUUCAGUGGGGGUGAUGCUGCCGCCUUGGAGCGCCGUGCCACUUUUGAACGCUACCGUUGCCAUGAGGAAGGUCUGAUGCCCAGCAAGACCCCUCUCUCUGAGGCCUGCGCCCCCCUCCUCAUCAGCCUGUCCUCCCUGAUCUACAACGGUGCCUUGCCGUGUCAGUGUAACCCUCAAGGCUCACUGAGCUCUGAGUGCAACCCUCAUGGCGGCCAGUGCCUUUGCAAACCUGGAGUGGUUGGACGCCGCUGCCAUGUCUGUGCCACUGGCUAUUAUGGCUUUGGCCCUGUAGGCUGUCAAGCCUGCCAGUGUAGCCCUGAUGGGGCACUCAGUGCCCUGUGUGAAGGGACGAGUGGACAGUGUCCCUGCCGAACUGGUGCCUUUGGUCUUCGCUGUGACCGCUGUCAACGUGGCCAGUGGGGAUUCCCUAACUGCCGGCCGUGUGUCUGCAAUGGGCGUGCGGACGAGUGUGAUGCCCACACAGGCGCUUGCCUGGGCUGCCGUGAUUACACCGGGGGCGAGCACUGUGAAAGGUGCAUCGCUGGUUUUCAUGGGGACCCGAGGCUGCCGUAUGGAGGCCAGUGCCGGCCUUGUCCCUGCCCUGAAGGUCCUGGGAGCCAGCGGCACUUUGCUACUUCUUGCCACCGGGAUGGAUAUUCCCAGCAAAUUGUGUGCCACUGCCGAGCUGGUUACACCGGGCUUCGGUGUGAAGCUUGUGCCCCCGGGCACUUUGGAGACCCAUCAAAGCCAGGUGGACGGUGUCAACUGUGUGAGUGCAGCGGAAACAUUGACCCCACGGACCCUGAUGCCUGUGACUCCCACACGGGGCGAUGCUUGCGCUGUCUGCACAACACAGAAGGGCCCCACUGUGGCCACUGCAAGCCUGGCUUCCAUGGGCAAGCGGCCCGACAGAGCUGUCACCGCUGUACCUGCAAUCCUCUCGGCACCAAUCCCCAGCAGUGCCCAUCUACUGACCAGUGCCACUGUGACCCAAUCAGUGGGCAGUGCCCAUGCCUCCCCCACGUCCAAGGCCUUAGUUGUGACCGUUGUGCCCCUAACUUUUGGAACUUCACCAGUGGCCGUGGCUGCCAGCCUUGUGCGUGCCACCCAACCAGGGCUAGAGGCCCCACCUGCAAUGAGUUCACAGGGCAGUGCCACUGUCAUGUCGGCUUUGGUGGGAGGACUUGUUCUGAGUGCCAAGAGCUCCAUUGGGGAGACCCUGGUCUGCAGUGCCGUGCUUGUGAUUGCGAUCCUCGAGGCAUAGACAAACCUCAGUGUCACCGUUCCACGGGCCAUUGUAGCUGCCGUCCAGGCGUGUCUGGUGUGCGCUGUGACCAGUGUGCUCGUGGCUUCUCGGGUGUUUUUCCUGCUUGUCACCCCUGCCAUGCAUGCUUUGGAGACUGGGAUCGUGUUGUACAGGACCUGGCUGCUCGCACACGACGCCUGGAGCAGUGGGCGCACGAGUUACAGCAAACGGGUGUGCUGGGUGCCUUUGAAAGCAGCUUUUUGGACAUGCAGGCGAAGCUGGGCAUGGUACAGGCCAUCGUGGGUGCCCGCAAUGCCUCAGCUGCCUCUACUGCGAAGCUUGUAGAGGCCACAGAAGGACUGCGCCACGAAAUUGGGAAGACCACUGAGCGCCUGACUCAGUUAGAGGCUGAGCUAACAGAUGUACAGGAUGAGAACUUCAAUGCCAACCAUGCAAUCAGUGGUCUGGAGAGAGACGGGCUUGCGCUCAAUCUCACACUGAGGCAGCUUGACCAGCAUCUGGAUAUCCUCAAACAUUCGAAUUUCUUAGGUGCCUAUGACAGCAUCCGACAUGCCCACAGCCAGUCUACAGAAGCGGAGCGCCGUGCCAACACCUCCACCCUUGCAGUACCCAGCCCAGUGAGCAACUCAGCAGAUACCCGGCGUCGGACAGAAGUGCUCAUGGGUGCCCAAAAAGAGAACUUCAGCCGCAAACAGUUAGCAAACCAGCAGGCGCUGGGUCAGCUCUCUUCACGUACCCACGCCCUGAGCCUGACAGGCAUAAACGAGCUGGUAUGUGGGGCGCCAGGGGACGCACCCUGCACCACCAGCCCUUGCGGGGGUGCCGGAUGCCGGGAUGAGGAUGGGCGACCCCGUUGUGGUGGCCUCGGUUGCAGUGGGGCAGCAGCCACAGCAGAUCUAGCACUGGGCCGGGCUCGGCACACACAGGCCGAGCUGCAGCGGGCACUGGUAGAAGGUGGUGGCAUCCUCGGCCGAGUGUCUGAGACUCGCCGGCAGGCAGAGGAGGCACAGCAGCGGGCACAGGCAGCCCUGGACAAGGCUAAUGCUUCUAGGGGCCAAGUGGAGCAGGCCAACCAGGAGCUUCGGGAACUUAUCCAGAAUGUGAAGGACUUCCUCAGCCAGGAGGGAGCUGACCCUGACAGUAUUGAAAUGGUAGCCACACGGGUACUAGAGCUUUCCAUCCCAGCCUCACCUGAGCAGAUCCAGCACCUAGCAAGCCAGAUUGCAGACCGUGUCCGAAGCCUGGCGGAUGUGGACACAAUCCUGGCACAUACUAUGGGCGAUGUGCGUCGGGCUGAGCAGCUACUACAAGACGCACAGCGGGCACGGAGCCGUGCCGAGGGUGAGAAACAGAAGGCAGAGACAGUACAGGCAGCACUGGAGGAGGCUCAGAGGGCACAGGGUGCUGCUCAGGGAGCCAUCCGAGGAGCAGUGGCUGACACAGAGAACACAGAGCAGACCCUGCACCGGGUGCAAGAGCGGGUAGCAGGUGCAGAGCAGUCACUGAACUCUGCAAGUGAGCGGACUCAGCAAUUGGAUGCUCUCCUGGAGGCCCUGAAACUGAAACGGGCCGGAAAUAGGCUGGCAGCGUCUACAGCUGAAGAGACAGCAGGCAGUGCUCAGAGUCGUGCCAGGGAGGCUGAAAAGCAGCUGCGGGAACAAGUAGGCGACCAGUACCAAACUGUGAGGGCGCUGGCUGAACGGAAGGCUGAAGGUGUGCUGGCCGCGCAAGCCAGGGCAGAGCAGCUGCGGGAUGAGGCUCGGGGCCUGCUGCAGGCUGCUCAGGACAAGCUGCAGCGGCUGCAGGAACUGGAGGGCACCUACGAAGAGAAUGAACGUGAACUGGAGGGCAAGGCGGCCCAGCUGGAUGGGCUGGAAGCCCGGAUGCGCAGUGUGCUUCAGGCCAUCAACCUGCAGGUCCAGAUCUACAACACCUGCCAGUGACCCCUCCCCGGGGCCCAGCCUUGUCCCCAAGCUCUGUUCCACACUCAUGUCUGUCCACACGUUAAAGAGCUUUUGGCUAGCAAGUGCUUUCAAUAAACCAGUGUGACCUUC